AUGGAGGUAGCUCCAAAAGUUCCGGAAUGUCAGAGGGGCCUUGAAGUAUCAAGGAGACAGGAAUGGAAUGUAAGUAAGCCCACCUGGCAAGAUGGCUCUGCCACUCCAAAAGUGAGAGAACCCAGGCCCUUUCCUGGGAUUGUGGACAUUUUUGGAGCUGGAGGUGGCCUUCUGGAAUAUCGAGCUAGUAUGCUGGCUGGGAAGGGUUUUGCCGUGAUGCUUCUGGCUUAUUAUAAUCAUGAAGACCUCCCAAAAGACUUGGAGAACUUCCAUCUGGAGUACUUUGAAGAAGCUGUGAACUACCCGCUUAGUCACCCUCAGGUAAAGGGUCCAGGAGUCGGGCUGCUUGGGAUUUCCAAAGGAGGUGAUCUCUGCCUCUCCAUGGCCUCGUUCCUGAAGGGCAUCACUGCCGCCAUCAUAAUCAAUGGCUCAGGGAUCAAUGUUGUAGGAGACUUACACUACAAAGGCAAGACCCUGCCCGCUGUGGGCGUGCACUUAAAUCGAAUCAAGGUGACCAAAGACGGCCUUGCAGACAUUUUGGAUAUCCUGAACAACCCUUUGGAAGAAUCUGACCAGAAGAGCCUCAUUCCUAUGGAAAGGGCUGAGAGUGCCUUCCUGUUCCUUGUAGGUCAGGAUGACCACAACCGGAGGAGUGAAUUUUAUGCUAAUGAGGCCUCUAAACGCCUGCAGGCCCAUGGCAGGAAGAAGCCCCAGAUCACCUGUUACCCUGCGGCGGGACACUUCAUUGAGCCUCCUUAUUUUCCCUUGUGCCGGGCUUCCCUGCACACCUUGGUGGGCAGACCUGUCAUCUGGGGAGGGGAGCUGAGGGCACAUGCCAUGGCCCAGGUGGAUGCUUGGAAGCAGCUCCAGAUUUUCUUCCACAAACACCUGGGUGGGGAAAAGGGGAUAAUCCCACCAAAACUGUAAUCUUUUACUUGAUUGUGUGGCAUCUCUGGUGCUAAUUAAUCUUGGGAACAUCUGUUACAAUUAGUGUGCAUGUGUAGUUUCUUUUAAAGAUUUUAUUUACUUAUUUUUAGAGAAGGGAACGGAGGAAGAAAGCAAGGAAAAGAAACAUCAAUGUGAGAGAGAAAU